GACCAACAGCUGCUUGGGGUCAUGGCUGUACAACGUUUUUUUAGAAACAUCUGGAAAAGAUGUUCGGCGCUCUUCUGCUGCAUGAAGAGCAAUGUAGAGGACCUUCCUGAGCCUCCUCACAGGAUUGACAAGGCACAGAAAUGGGAUGACCAGCAGGGAGAAUGGCAGACACAUCUUCAUGUGUCUGAUGGACACAGAUCUUCCUCCCAAGGGGUUUUGAUGGGUGUUGGUGCCACCGCCCGGAGCCCCAGGAAGGAAGAGGUGGUGCCAGUUCUCAUUUCAAUGAGAAAUGAGAACAUAGCAAAAUGGAGGCCGCGGCUCUUAACGAUCAUGGAGACCUGCACUGAGUCGGAUCCUUCAGAAGAAAGCCGACCAAGGGACGUGCAGGAGGAAAGCAGUGCCUGCUUAUCAAGAGAGGAAAAGCAAGAGCACUGGAGGCCGCGACUCCCCCCAAUUUUGGAGACCUGCACUGAAUCGGACGAAGAAGACCAGCCGGCAGAAGAGCAGCUCUCUCCUCCUGAGGAGAAGACGCAGAACUCGGAGGAUUCGAUGGAAGUCCAGGUGGGCUCCGGGAUCAACAGCCUGGAGGAUUUUGACUCCAUUUCUGCCCUCUUGAAUGAGGAGUCUGAGGGAAGCUGGGAGCAGGCUGCAGAGGCUUUGGAGGCCACCCUUUCUUCCAGUCCGUGGGAUUCUCCUGAAGAAGGAGAAGACACGCUGGAGAAUCUCAGCAGCCUGGAGGAGGACUCCUUGGAUUUCAGUCUCUAAUUAAAAGAGACGCUUCCCCAGAUGCCUCUCCAGAUGGCAGAUCGGAGGAGGAUGA